AUGUCUCCACUGGACAUCGACCUCUUGGGUUCACCCAUAUCUUCCUCCGACUCCCUUCCUAUCCGCACCCCAAGUCUAGCUAAAGAUACCGGGAAUUUUGAUCUGUCCUCUGUGCUGACCCCAAAUGAAGUAAAGUCUACUGUCAAGAAAGGAGUCGACUUCGCCAUGGCCAACAACCAGGAUCCGCGUUCUGGCCCAUACGGCGGUCAACCCUAUAUUAACAACUAUAGCUCACCACCCCCUGGCCCCCCUUACGCCCCUAACUAUGCCGCUCCACCAUUCUUUCCUGCCCAGCAAUAUGCUCGCCCUCGCGGUAAUUCAACUUUCAUGGGACACCAGUCUGGAGUUCCGCUAUCUGCUGUGGUCCCAGGCAAUGGACAUGUAUCCGAGAUCCAAUUAGAUCAUGCCUACGCAUAUGCUAUCCGUCGACCAGAUGGACAUAUCACUCGGCUCCUACCAGCAGAUGCUAUGCCUGCCUUGGACGGCAUCUCCCAGUAUCAAGGCCCAGAGGGAGUCAUCGUUUUGCCACAACCACGUCAGCCAUCUCCUCGCCGCCGCUUGGCCAAUGGUGCCCCUGACCAGAUGGUCUCUCAGGACGUAAGAUAUAUACUGUCUUCUUGAUAUACCCUUUCAGUUAACAUCAAUAGGUUGUCAACAAUUUGCAGUUUGAGAGCAUGGGUCUUGGUAUGAGAGAUACUCAAGUAAGUGUCAUAUCCCCUCACCCGUUUCCAUCCAGAUGCAUCUGGAUGAGAAUCGAGAAUUGUUUUUCCCAAGGUUGACUUUGCUGACUCUAGGCUCAGAGCCACAUUGAUUCCAUUGUCGCCCAAUCUUCGGCUUUUAGCCCACCCCCGCAACGUCGCGAGAAGAUCUACUGCGAUAAGUGGAUCCACGAGGGCGUGUGUGCCUUUACUCAGAUGGGUUGCAAGUAUAAGGUAGGUGAAUCCCUCUUUCUCGCCACUUCCAGACCCUGAGCUCUACUACUGUGAAGUGCCUUGCUCGCUGCCCCUAAUUUCAUGCCUCUCAAGAGAAAGAUAAACUAAUUUAUUGAAAAGCAUGAGAUGCCAACCGACAAGGCUACACAGAUGUCGCUUGGUCUUAACCAUGGUUUGCCCUCAUGGUAUAGACGUGCGUACUCUGUUGGAAAUGCAAUUGGCAGUCCCGGUCCUUCUGAGCGUGCCGGCAAUCUCCUUGGAAGCCCACCCACUGCUGGACGUAUCAACAAUCCAUGGCGUCAACUCGAGUCUGCCCCAAACGGUAACAACGGCAACGGCAAUGGUUCGUACAAGACUCUCUGUUCCCUGUUGCUUCCCCUGACAUUUUACUGACGCAGAUUGUGUAGGUGCCUCUUCCGCAUACGGUGCUAUCGGUACACCUUUCUCUGCUUUUGGUAUGCAAGGCCGCCGUGAGAGCAUGCAAACCGACCGUAUCAAGACUGUUGAGGAAGAAGACGAAGAGAGUGAUCAAGUAUCUUCCUACAACGGUCGUGGUCGUGCCAACACCAAGGCCUAAUCGCCAGUGUGAUUGAUCCGCGAACACCUUUUCUUUCGUGAAUAUCUGGUAUGUUCAUUGAAAUUUAAGGUAUGCAUCCAAUGGACUCUCCACUUGGAUUGCCACCUUUCUACUGCCCGACCUUCAUUCAUAAGGCUUACUUGGGCUCUCCGACAUUACAUCAAUUUCAUGCAUUCAGAAGGUGCUUUUCAUGCACUUUGACCUUUCCAAAAUUUCCACUCUACGAGAAAACAACAAAUGCGACUAGGGCUUGAUGUCUGACGUCCACCAAAAAAAUCUCAUUCUGCUCUUUCACGAACCUGCAUUUUACGAAGUCACGACUAUACCCUUCAACAGCAUUGCACUGGCGUCCCCUCAACCAAUUUCCGGAGUUCGAAUUUGGCAUUUCCUGGAUUCCUAUACGGAUCAUCUCCACUGCGCUUUCCUUCAUAGAGAGAGUUUGCACUAUACUCAUCGGGAAUAGACAAGAUUGGACUGAAUGGACACACGCAUCUUUUUUUGUGCUUUUCCUUGGCAUGGAUCUCUUCCUGGGAUCAUAACAUUGUUGUAGAGGCGUCUCCAGAGGGUUUGUCUUCUUGAUGGUUCCUUACAUUGGUCCUGCAUUUGCUUUGGUAUUUUCAUACUUCGCAUGUUCUUUUCUUUCUUUUCUUCUUUUCUCACAGAGCCCAGCAUUAAUACUUGCUACACCGCUGCGGUUCUGUUUUUUUCCUUUUCUGAAACCAUUUCCUAGUUGACGUCGGUGGAGAUGAUGGGAGCGUUUGGAACUAUCGUCAGGUUGGGCUCUGUAGAUGGACAUCAUUCUGGCUCUUUAGAUUCUUGCACCUGCAACUAGAUGACUAAAUAAAAAAAAAGCUUCGGCACCA